CUGCGAAAUGUUCAUCACCGCUACUGACUUAUAUCAGGCUGACUCCAGGUGUUGGGCAGCAUGGCUUGUUAGGCUUGGUCCAGGCCGAACGACCUCUCGAGCAUGACAACACACCCGUCUACUUUCUCGCCUGUACGCCAACAACCCGGAACCUGACGUCUCGCGGCGAUUGCAAGUCAAAGUCUUUGCAAGUCGAUGUGAGCAGAAUGGCGAGCGCAGUAGCAAACAUCCGCGCUACAUCUGGCGGAAACGCCCGUUUCAAUAAGGAAGCCUUAUCAUGGGACGCUAGGCCCUUCGUAUAUGAAGCGAGUCAAGCAGCUGCAGAAGCUGUAUUGUCAAAGCUGAAGUCUCUCGACAGGCAGCCAAAACAAGUCCUCGAGAUUGGCUGCGGCACUGGCACUCUCUCCUUCCUUAUCGCUCCGCAUGUGGAUCGAGUUGUGGCGGUAGAUGCCGCAGACGGUAUGAUUGAAGUCCUCAAAAUCAAGCUCGCGAAGUCUGGUGCUCCAACGAACAUUCUUCCGGUUGCAGUAUUGCUCGAGGAUCCUGAAGAUGGCUCGCUUCCAGGCGCAGACUCUGGGAAACCGGAAAGUCAAAGGCAGAAAUUUGAUCUGAUCAUCAGUCACCUUGUCCUGCAUCACAUACCCGACUUGGGCUCUGUAUUGAGGACGAUGCUAGGCUGUCUGAAGCCUGGCGGCUGUGUUAUGUUAACCGACUUCGAAGACUUCGGGCCGGAAGCGAAGCGUUUCCACCCAGCAUCCAAGAUGGCGGGUGUCGAGCGACAUGGGAUCGAUGCGGCCGCAAUGUCGAAGCUUAUGCACGAUAUUGGCUUCAAGCAUGUUAGCGUUCAGGCUGAAUGGACGAUGCGGAAAAGGGUGGAGAGCUUCGAUGGCGAGUUUGGCGGUGACGACGGGCUGGGCAUGGCCAAGCAGGAGACGGGAGAGUCGAUGAGCUUUCCAUUCCUGCUGUGUUACGGGGAAAGGGCGGAUUGAUCGGGAAUAUUGGGUCGGGCACUCAAGAUGACACCAUCGGGCUCCAUGUGGCUUUCGGCAACGGCUUGAGACAUCCAGGACCAC